CCCACUAAAUUUGAAAACACAGAGGAAAGGCUAAGAGGUUCUAAAUGCUCUGCGUUAACGUAAAAACCAGACGGACGAAGGCUAUAUAAGGGAAAGACAUACACGGAGACAGAAGAGAGGAAACAACAGAUGGAAAGGGGGCGGGAUGUUCGAUACCGUGGAGUUCGUCGGCGGCCGUGGGGAAAAUAUGCAGCAGAGAUACGGGACCCCUCUAGACCUGGUGCUCGUUUGUGGCUGGGAACGUUCGAGAAUGCAGAGGAUGCUGCACGGGCAUAUGACAGAGCUGCCUUUGCAUUGAGGGGUCAUUUGGCUAUUCUCAACUUCCCAAACGAACAUCGACUGCAAAGCUCAUCAUCAGCUCCGUCUACUUAUUUGCUUUCAUCAUCAUCUUCUUUUUCUCUCACUGAGAAUAUUGACAAGGGAAGCUCAUCCACUACGGGAGGAGAAAAGGUGGUUUUCGAGUUUGAGUACUUGGACGACAGGCUGCUGGAGGAGCUUCUUGAUUCGGAAGAACAGAAUAAAAGAAAGAAAUGUUGAAUGUUUAAACAUUUUGAGUGCAAGUUUUAGUCGUCAUAAAGUUAAUUUCUUGCUAUUAAAUAAUAAUCUCCACACAUUUAAAUCUUCGGGCACUUAAAUGCAUGGAGUACAUACAUCAGUUGCUUAUGUUCAUGAUUUUUGUGUUAAGUUAUUGUAAAAUAAG